CCAACUGCGUUUUCAAAUAGUAUAAAACUGUUUACUUAACUGCCAAGUGUCAUCAGUUGCCAAUCAGCUUCAAUUCAAACAGUUGAAUUCACUCAACCCAAACUUCCAAGCAUCAUGUCUGCCAAAAUUGUGAUCUGUCUGGCCAUCGUUGCCCUGGCUUCGUCUGCUUCCGCCGGAGUCCUUCCGUUGGCUGCUCCACUAACGGCUGGGGUCGUGGCUCCCUACGCCACCUCCUACAACGCCCACACCGUGAACCAUGCCAUUGCUGCUCCCUACGUUGCCGCUGCUCCGGUUGUUGCUCCGGCUGCCAAGUUGGUCGCUGCUGCCCCUGCCGUCGCUCCUUUGGCUUACACCGCCGCAGCUCCGUUCACCUAUGCCGCUGGAUAUCCAGGAUUCGGAUAUGCUGCCAACUACGUGAUCUAAGAAGCGGAUCGUUGACAAAUGUAUGCAUGCACAACAACCAACUGCCCCAGCACCUGAUGGACAUUCUGGAUCCCCAUAUUGGCGAGACAUGAAAUAAUAGGUUAUCGAAUUCUAACUGCUCCCUAGUUGGAAUUUUUCCUACAACUCAAUCCCUUCUCCUGUCCCGAAAAAAAAAACCGUCGAUCGGUAAAUACUCUGUUGUAAAUAGCUUUCCUGUUGAAUGAAUAUAGCGUUGCAAUUUGUGAACUAAA